AUGUCCAAAGAAAUAAUUACAAAUCUUGACAACAACAACAGUAGUAGUGGAUUGGCAGUGCCUGUAACUACAAUGGGUCCAAUAUUAAUGUCAUUAAGUGCACGUAACGCUAGUAAUAAUAAUAAUAAUAAUAAUAAUAAUGUUACGUCAUCAUGUAUAAAUGUUAUGGUAUGCGGUGCUUGUUGUCGUCCAAUCACAGAUCGUUAUAUAAUGCGUGUCUUGGAUGUGUCAUACCAUGAACAUUGUUUACAAUGUUUUGUGUGUGGCAUACGUUUGGCACAUACAUGUUUUACACGUGAUGCUAAAUUAUAUUGUAGAUUAGAUUAUGACAGAUUAUAUGUGAAGAAAUGUUUGGGUUGUUCAGAACGGAUAGCACCCGAAGAAUUAGUAAUGCGUGCAGUGGACAGUGUGUUUCAUUUACGUUGUUUUAUAUGCGUUGUAUGUGGAGCACGUCUUCUAAAAGGUGAUCAAUUCGUUGUUAAACAGGGUCAAUUGUUUUGUCGUCCUGAUUAUGAAAAAGAAGUUGAAAUGUUACAAGGAUAUUCACAAGGUGAUUAUUUAUGCGAUGAUCUAUUACCAAAUGUCCGUUCACACGAUGGUCGUCGUGGUCCAAAACGACCGAGAACCAUUCUGACAACACAACAAAGAAGAGCAUUUAAAGCAUCGUUUGAACUUAGCCCAAAACCAUGUAGAAAAAUACGUGAAACGUUAGCAAAAGAAACUGGGCUUAGUGUUCGCAUUGUACAGGUAUGGUUUCAGAAUCAACGUGCCAAAAUGAAGAAAAUACAGAAGAAGGCACGUCAAGAUAAUAAGAUAAUGCCGAAUAGUAAUAAAGAUGAUUCGGAGAACAAUGAAGAUAGUAAAUCGGAUAUCAAAUUACAAGUCAAAGAAGAGGAACGCAGUCCAUCUGGGAUGAAUCAAUAUUUGAAUGAAAGUGGUAGCGAUACAGAACAAGACGAUAUGCGACAUUUUCUACCAACAGUUAAACAAGAGAAUAUGGAUAGUGAAGAUAGCUUUUUCAAAACAUCUUCAAAUAAUUCCUUACAUGAAUUUCCAGGGACGAGUGGUAUCCCUCCCAAACAAGAACAUAAUUUUCUAACUUCGUUUCCAUAUAGUGCAGAUCCUUCAACGCAACAUCAUCUAUUUUUAUCAAAUGGUCCACACACAAUAACUGAUUCAUCUAACACUGCCUAUGGUGGCCAUUCACAUGGUAUGGGUGGCCUGAAUCCAAUUGAUAAAUUGUAUUCAAUGCAGAAUUCAUAUUUUUGUGGCGAGGAUACAUCAUCAUUAAUGGAACAAUGA